GCCAUCCCUGUCCGUACCAUGUGACCGUCGCCGUCAUGGAGGGCUUGUACAGGGAGAUCGACGCCGACGAAGCGUCACCCACCUCGAUUUCCUCGAGCUGGUCUGCUUGGAGGAGACGGUCCGCUGGUCUGUUGGCGGCGUCUUCCAGUAACCACCUCCGAAAGCUGCCGCCGUCGACACGUUGCCGAGCUGCUGCUGCUGCUCCUGCCGGCGGCCGUCACAACCACCUGUUGCAGCCGAUGGCCUCCCCAACAAGCUGCUGCAGCCAGUGUCAAGCUAGGUGCCCCCAAGCCCACCGCGGCAACCUCGCCGCCACGUUCAGGAGCUCGUCGACAUCGGCAUCCAUAGGGCAAUGACGAGGUGUAAAUGGCAGAGAAGCUGGAACGCGUAGCUGCACUAGUUGGAAGCUGGAGGACCCAGGGACAAGUGAAAAUGAGCCAAAAUUAGAAAGGCUGCCUAGUUUUGGCACUCAUUUAGUCAUUUGCAUCGUUGAGAGAGAGAAAAUCGGCAGCUUCACUUGUACGUGGGGUGCAGCAACCAGCAAGCGUUGGCUUCAGUUUUGCGUGCAGUUUGGCGAGAGAGAGAGAAGGGAGAAAUGAUGGAUUCCAUGCCCGAGCGAGUGUUCUUUUGGAGGCACAUGCAAUUAUUUUGAGCCAGCUGUUUCCAUCGCGACGCGGUUCCAAGACGAAGCUGCAAUUAGCCCGUGCGCAGCUGCCUCGCAAUUAAUACGCAAAUUAAGGUGGCUUUUGUUA